AUGAGUAGUGGCCCUCCUCAGGAGGGAAGUCAAGACCAAGUUGAAGAAAUCAUAUCAUACGAGACAAUUGAGCCACUACUCCAGCCACCACCAAUGUAUUUAGAGAAAGAAGUUCAAGAUUCUGUUAUGGAAUUUCGAAAAAGAUUGUUAUGUAUCAGAUUAACAAAAAUAAAUAAAAAUUUCCAAACACUUUCGAAUAUAUGGCCAGAAGGGCGUCCUGUUGAUUACUUCAUUGGUUUAGAAUUAUGCAAUGAUGACAUAAAUAUGCUUUUCGAUCAAUUGAAAACGACCAGUUUUACAAGAACUAUAAUCUCUGAAGCAUCUCAACGAGGAUUCCCUCUUCGUGAACAAAAAGUUACGAAAUCAAUUUCAAAAUCUUAUUCAGAUCUUGAUUCUGACGGCGAUCAGGAUGAAGAAAUGUAUUCAUCUAGAAAGAAAAAGAAAAAUGGAAAGAAAAAAUCUAGUGUCAACUGGGAGCCAGAAGAAAUUAGCGAAUUUGUUUACCAAUACAAUAAUUUUAUCCAAGAACAAACAUGGUCGGCGUUUUGUUCUCGAUUUUAUGGCAAAACAGAAGAAGACUGUGAACAAUUACUGAAGAAACUUCGAAAACAAGGAAAAAUUACAAUUGAAGCACCAAAAGCAGAGCCAAAAUCCAAAAAACUCAACUUUGUAGCUAUUACAUUCGUUAAAGGAGAUAGGCGCGUUAGAGUUGGCCCUACAUCUAUCGAAAACGAAGAAAGAAUGGCGAUGAAUCCAAUUCCCGGAUAUAUUGACAUGAUUACCCAAACGCCAAUGGAAAUUCCUGCUGUUUCUCCAGAUGAUUAUGUUUUGGAUUAUAGUACAUGGCUCAAACUUCUUAAUGAAAAGAAAGUUAAUCCAUUUACUCAAAAUCAUCUUACUUCGAAGAGGCAAUUAGUAAUUUUAACGAUAGAUAACUUUGAUGAAUACAAAGAUAGGAUUGUAAACUUAGAAGAAGCAAAACCUCCAAAAUAA